CCGACCAAACUGAUCCAACGGCUGCAGUUCUAUCCACUGCAUCCAGUAAUCCCACUGCAACUUCUGGUCAAAAUGGAACAACAGUGUCAGUGUUAUCAACUGUGUUUACUAAUGCGACUUUUGUCUCAACCACUGAAUUAACCACAUCAAGUAACCCCACAGAUGGCACGUCAACAACCUAUCUAUCUAGUACAACUGUGGUAACAACUGGGCAAAGUCAUGCCACCCCUUUCCCUGAUCAGACUGGUACAACACAGUUAUCUUCUGAGCAAACUGGUGGCACAUACUCAACCCCUCAAUCAGGAUCAACUGUAGUAACACCAGUGCAACCAAACACACCGUCUUCUAACCCAACUUUGCAGCCACCAACUACAGCCACAACUAAACCACCUACAACUCCUUCACCUCAGCCAAGCAGUGGACCAACAAUUUCCACACGAGAGCCAUUACAAUGUCAGAAUGGAGGAACUUACAAUGGCUACAACUGCACAUGUCCUACUGGGCUCAGUGGAACUGUUUGCCAGUUUGUUAAAGUUUAUGCUGAGCCAGUUACCUUCAAGCGAACAGUAGUGGUUAAUUUGGUCAUUGACCAGGAAUACAAUGUAAAAUAUGACGAUGAAACUUCACGUGAAUACAAAGAAUUUGUUGGAAACUUCACCAACCAGAUGGAGAAAUAUUACCUAGCAAAGAAGAUCGCACACUUCAAAGAAGUUGUGGUAAUUAGUGUCAGCCGUGGAGCCCCUUUGGUCAGAUUCUUACGUAACCCUGUGGAUGAGAGGCAGUUAUGGGACAAAGCCAUGGCUUUCCACAGUAUCACACCAAGAACAGAAAGUGUUAAUGUCACACAUGAUGUGGUUCUGGGGAUUCCAAAUAAUGCUAGUGCUGAACAACUAUAUUGGGAAGAUGUUGAAGCAAUUGUCGAGGUUGUUGAAGGCCUUGACAGCUGCACAGGAGAGUGUCCGGAUUUCAACACCACCGCUCCGCCCACAGUGACUACAACAGAGGCUGAUUUGGGAUCUGUCUGUGAGCAGUUUGUCAAAGAUCCAGAAGUUGCUAAAUACUACCAACUUGUGCGUAAUGAUGGGAAACUGACAUGUGUGACUGUAUGCCACAAUCAACAUUCACAUCAUAAACGAUGCUACAAUGGGGGAAUCUGCUUAGUGUACAAAACUAUUGGACCUCUGUGCGAGUGUCUAAAUGUGGAAGAGACAUGGUACUUGAAUGAUGACUGCAGCCUCCCCAUACAUAGGACUCCUUUCUAUGCAGGGAUAAGCGUGACCCUUGCUUGUCUGUUAUUGAUAGUGGGAGUCUUGACUGCUUUCUUACUGAGGAACAAACAAAGGCAAAGCAAGAGGAGAAGGGACAUUCAAGAGCAACUGGUGAACCAGUGGCUGAAUGAGGACUUUGAGUGGUCCAGAUCCAACAGUGACAUUGACAAUACAGGAGAUUUCAACAACCUUGCUUACGCACAUGAAGAAGCAGCUGUCCACGGAGAGGAACUGGAAGGUUACAGACAACCUGCACCUGUCGAUAUUCUCACUGGACAUUUGGAUACUGAUGACAGACAGUUGAGCUCAUCGGCAAAUAUUCAUGGGCUGGACACAGAGCCAGUAACCUGCCACCUGCCAGUAACACCACGCCAGCACAAUACUCUGACUACUAAUACUCUCUCAUUUUCUACUGUUGAGCAUCCACAGUCUGACAGCCUGUCUCCCCCUCUGAGAGACCUCAGCCGGAUAAGCAGGCCCCAGAUUAGGAUAUCCUGGGACCCCUAAGCUGUGCAAUGAAAGCUGAGCCUUGACUCUGCAUCACUAUGGAUGAAGUCUCAGCUCUUCUGUCAGACCUGUUUUUGGUGCUUUCUCUUUAUGAUAUAAUUUAAAUUAUUUAUACCAGCUGCUUUUAGGUGUCAAUAGCACUGUUUGAUUUAUUUAUUUAUUUGUUUGUUUUGUAAAAUGGCAGCAGGGUAAGUGUUAGUGAUCAAAAUGCACUACAUACAGUAUAUUUAUGAUUUUGUGAUUAUAUAGUGAAAAUACUUUCUCUUUUUACGUAAAGGAAGGACUUGAAUUUCAAAUGUUUCUCCAUGCUGCUGUCCUGAUACAGUGACAAAUUGUUGUUUUAAUGUAUGAUAAUGACUGUUCAGUAACUAUUGACUGACUGUAGUAACAGGGAGAGUAGUACUGUGCAUGUUGACAUGUCUUGACCGGUCUUGACAGAACCACAGUGGAUUAAAGGAUGUAGGUGUAAAUAGAACUACAGUAUCACAAAAUCAGAAUGGCAGAGUUGGUAAUAAUUCACUGUUGGUUUGUCGCUACAAGUAACUCCUUUCACACUACACACAGUUAUUUGGCCAAUUGUUGGUAUAAAAACAUUUGAUUUUGACACUGAGUCACUUUAUAAAAUGGCUGACUGCCAGAACAAUGCACUACUGAACUAGGAAUUAGUUUUAUUUAUAUAAUUUUGCAAAUCAAUAUUGUUUGAGCUUUAAUGCUUUAUGCACCACGUAGCCUGAAUAAAAAAAAGUU